AUCAUGUCCUCAGCAUGCUCCGCCAGAGAGGCUGAUAAUAAACCAACACUUGUGCAAAAAGUGCAGUACCUACAUUGUCAUCCCGCUUCUUUAACGUUUGAUUCAUCUGGGCUCUUUUUGCUUUUUCUUCCUCUUUAACACCUUUCAUACCUUUCUGAUAGUGAAGAUCACUAGCAGCACCUGCCAAACAUGGAUUCCCCCGCUGUUUAUACUACCGACGAUGGGUGUAUUGACUGUAACUCAUGCUGCGAUAGUCUCCGAUUCAGAUCCGACCAGCCUCAGAAAGAAAUAAUAGUUGAUGUUCACAGCGUCAUUUGCAUAGUUCCCAAAGAUAACUGCGGGGAAACAGUGUAUUCCCUGCUAUAUCUCCGGAAUGAUGCGGAAGCAACCAACCUCAAAAGCGAGCCUCUGUUACUCGACAACAUCUUGCUGGCCACAGUACCUAGACCGCUGUCGAAUCUCUUGUGUGCCCAGUUGCCGCCUCAUCUGUGUUCUUCCAGACUUGAAAGCGGGGGCCUUGAUAUUAUUGUAUCUACGACAUCCGGAACGGGGACAGGAGUGACCUUCUGUAACAAUAUUCUACGCCCGCUGCUGUCACAUCUCGGGAUAAGUCAAUAUGAGAUCCAUGAGACUCAAUCGACACAAACCAUCACUGAACUAUGCCAUGCAAGGUUUAUCCCUCGUGCUAUGGAAAGACUUCCGCAGACCAUCCUCCUCCUCUCAGGUGAUGGAGGCCUGACCGACAUAAUUGACGCCUUCCACAGUACUAUAGAGAGCCUGGCCGUCCCUCCAACCAUUGCUCUCAUCCCGACUGGAACAGGUAAUGCUAUGGCGAAUUCGUUAGGGUUAUUUGCGUAUCCAACAACUGGACUGGUAGCUUUAUUGCGCGGGACGCCAGCAAGCAUACCUACGUUUUCUGCCGAUUUCUCACCGGGGGCGCAAUAUAUCGUUGACGAAGGCCGCCAAAAAGUCCCCAUCUUUCGCAACUUAAAGAGUGAUUACGAGCACCCCAGGGUUUACGGGGGGGUUGUUGCAAGUUGGGGUCUGCAUGCUGCAUUGGUUGCCGACAGUGAUACUGCUGAAUAUCGCAAAUUCGGGGCCGAUAGGUUCAAGCUAGCUGCAAAAGAGAUACUCUACCCCUCCGACGGUACAGAACCUCACAGGUUUAGAGGCGCUGUCACACUUUUUAAACGGGACAGCCACACUGAGAGCAAGCGUCAAGAUCUCCUGGGGCGCAACGAGCACAUGUAUGUGCUAGCGAGUCUUGUCUCAAGUCUCGAAAAGGAUUUCAUGAUUUCUCCGUUGUCAAGACCUUUGGAUGGCCGUCUCUGGAUGGUUCACUUUGGGCCAAUGUCACCAUCAAGUGUCAUGGAAGUCAUGACAUCUGCAUACCAAAAGGGCCAGCACGUAGGCGAUGAAAACGUCUCCUACAACGAUAUCGAAGGAUUCCGGAUCGAACUUGGCGAGUUGAAUGAGAGAUGGAGGCGGAUUUGUAUAGAUGGCAAGAUCAUCAUCGUUGAAACUGGGGGUUGGGUGGAGGUACACAAAGAUCCUAAAAGACUACUGAACAUCCUUUUGCUACAGAAUAUUCCCAAACUAGGUUUGCAGUAACUGAAAUAUCAUGCCAUGAGAUUACUAGGUUUAAUGCAGUGGUUAGCAAUCAGCAGUGUGUCCGAUAAGCUAGGAAAUCUAUGAUGUACGUUUUCCGAGGGA